GCAAACGUAAAAAGUGCUACAGCUAUGGGAUGUGAUCGGGCAGAGGAGCUCUGGCUGUCAUGUAAAUACUGCUGUAAAUAGUUCUUUGAUGAUGGCUUUGACAGUGAGCGUCAGCUAGUUUUUUCACCCUCUCCUCUCUCGCGUUCUCUCUCUCCCCCAUUCUAUUUUUUCGUUCUCUCUCUGAUGUUGUUGCCUACCAGUGGCAUUUUUUUUUUCUCAUUUUGUUGCAUAUUAAUGUUUCAAGGCUUCUAAGAAUAUCUUCAAAUGACUCUACCUUUGGGGAGCGUCAAUCACGGUCAUUGUUUAAAAGGUAUUAAGUCAUGAUGCAGGAGUCGGCCAGUGAGACAAUAAGCAACAGUUCAAUGAGUCAAAAUGGAAUGAGCACCCUAAGCAGCCAAUUAGAUGCUGGCAGUAGAGAUGGAAGAUCAAGCGGUGACACAAGCAGCGAAGUAAGCACAGUCGAGCUGCUGCAUCUGCAACAACAGCAGGCCCUUCAAGCAGCAAGGCAAUUACUCUUACAGCAACCAGGCAGUGGCCUGAAGUCUCCAAAGAACAACGACAAACAGCGUCCACUGCAGGUGCCAGUGUCAGUGGCCAUGAUGAGUCCACAGGUAAUCACUCCCCAGCAGAUGCAGCAGAUCCUUCAGCAGCAGGUCCUCUCACCUCAGCAGCUCCAGGCACUUCUACAGCAACAGCAGGCAGUCAUGCUGCAGCAGCAACACUUGCAGGAGUUCUACAAGAAGCAGCAGGAGCAGCUUCAUCUCCAGCUUUUGCAGCAGCAGCAUCCCACCAAGCAGGCGAAAGAGCAACAGCAGCAUCAGCAGCAUCAGCAGCAUCAGCAGCAGUUAGCGGCACAGCAGCUGGUCUUUCAACAGCAGCUCCUUCAGAUGCAGCAGCUCCAGCAGCAGCAGCACUUGCUCAGCAUGCAGCGGCAGGGCCUGCUUUCUCUGCCCCCGGGCCCAGGACAGAGCGCCCUCCCUGCGCAGACUCUCCCGCCAGCAGGCCUGAGCCCCGCCGAGCUUCAGCAGUUGUGGAAGGACGUGACCAGCGGCCACACCAUGGAGGAUAAUGGCCUGAAACACAGCGGCCUGGACCUCAGCACCACCAACACUUCAUCCACUACCUCCUCAACCACCUCCAAAGCUUCUCCACCAAUCACUCAUCACCCCAUCUCCAACGGCCAGUCCCCAGCCAUCAACACCCGCAGAGAGAGCUCAUUACAUGAAGAGACUGGAGCAUUACACUCACAUUCCCUCUAUGGCCAUGGAGUGUGCAAAUGGCCAGGCUGUGAGAGCAUCUGUGAGGACUUCGGACAGUUUUUGAAGCACCUUAACAGUGAGCAUGCUCUCGACGACAGGAGCACAGCACAGUGCAGGGUCCAAAUGCAGGUGGUACAGCAGCUAGAGAUACAGCUUUCUAAAGAACGUGAGCGUCUUCAGGCAAUGAUGGCCCACUUGCACAUGCGGCCCUCAGAGCCCAAACCAUCUCCUAAACCGUUGAAUCUAGUGUCAAGCAUGACCAUGUCGAAGAACCUUCCAUCGUUGUCACCCCUCCUGCCCCAAACCCCCACCACACCCACCACCCCUAUCACACCACUGAGCCAGAUGCCCCAGGUACCCUCCGUCCUGAGCCCUGCCAGCGUGCCGAGCAUGGGCGCCAUGCGCAGACGCCACUCCGACAAAUACUCCAUGCCACUAUCCUCAGAAAUAGCCCCAAACUAUGAGUUUUAAAAUGCUGAUGUCAGACCACCGUUCACAUAUGCAACACUCAUCAGGCAGGCUAUCAUGGAUUCAAAAGACAUGCAGUUAACACUUAAUGAAAUCUACAGCUGGUUCACGCGCACCUUUGCCUACUUUAGACGCAACGCUGCCACUUGGAAGAAUGCUGUUCGCCACAACCUCAGUCUGCAUAAGUGUUUUGUGCGGGUGGAGAAUGUGAAGGGUGCAGUGUGGACAGUGGAUGAGAUGGAGUACCAGAAACGCAGAUCUCAGAAGAUAACAGGGAGCCCAACACUGGUGAAGAACCUGCCGCCAAGUCUGGGUUAUGGAGCAGCUCUUAAUGCGAGCUUGCAGGCGGCUUUGGCAGAGACCUCUUUGCCCUUGCUGGGUAACACAGGCUUAAUGAACAGCAGUGCAUCAGGUCUGAUGGGUGGCAGUCCUCCAGGUUUGCUGAGCAGAAGCCCACCAAGCCUUUUACAGAGCAGCCUCCACGACGAACUCAACGGCUCCCUCGACCACCUCGACACUAACGGUCACAGCAGCCCCGCCUACUCCCCACACACCCACAUGCCUCCGAUUCACGUCAAGGAGGAGCCACUCAACAUGGACGAUGAUGACUGUCCAAUGUCACUGGUGACAACAGCCGAUCACAGUCCAGAGCUGGACGAGGAACGAGAGCUCGAGGAGGGAAACCUAUCAGAGGACUUGGAGUGACGUUUCUCUCCUCUCUCAUUUGCUGGGACUUUGCCCACCCCGAGCGGCCAGCCCCUCUAACCACUCCACCACCACGGAAAGGCAGCGGAUGAAAGCGAGGAAUAUUUAUUUAGAAAGUGUUCAGAAGACUGUCCCAAAGAAACACUUACAGCCCUUUGAGGACCGCAUGAGAACAGGCAUCAGAUGUCUGCCUUUUAAAUGAAAAUAGGACAAGAUUUCAUUCAGAUUGCUUGGCCACUUCAUACCAUCCACAGCAGAUUCAUGGACAUAAAAACAGAAUGAAAAAACUCGAGUCUUUUCUGUAGAAACGUUGAUGGCCACAUAUACUGCCAAAAAGUUAAAAUUUGUGAAUAUCCGACCCACAGUAGUCUCUGAUGUUAGAAACAAUUGCUGGUUCAAUUCAAGUUGUUGCUAUGUUAUUAUUUGCACAGGAGUAGUACCAGAAAUUAGUGUCACUGCCUGUAUGUUGCUGAACGCUUUAAACAGUAUUUCUUUUUUUGUCUUUUUUUUUCGUUCCUUUUACAAAGCUUUUUUUUUUCAUUAUGUUUACAACACCACCGACUGUAAAUGCCAUUUUUAACAUCACACCAAUAACAGACCUGCGGUAUCAAGACUGUUGCAGCUGUCCAAAAAAAGUCUCCAGUGUCUCUCUAUCUCUGUUUGUGCUGAAAAGUGAAAUGUGAUAACUGAGUUGAAAUGUAAAUGUUUGUGUAAGCAUCAUGCUGAGGAAAAAAAAAUGUGCAUUUCUGCA